AUGAACUGUACCAAGACAUACUUUAAGUUAGACAACAUUGCGCAUUUGGCGGUCUACUUCGGUGUGAACGUACUUUUAGGAGCAAUGUCAGCAGUUCUUAAUGCCUUCAUCAUCUUUGUAAUCAUGAGUAGCGAGAGACUGAGAUCAUCACCAUCAUAUCUCCUGAUCUCAAACCUUUGUCUGACGGACCUCGCGACGGGCCUUAUCAGCCAGCCGAUAUCCUUGAUGGUCGUUUUGAAAGAGUCUUGGUUCGGCGUACACUGCUCCGUGAUCAAAGCACAAUUCGGGGGAGUACCCAUCGCAAAUUUUUUCUUCGGCGCUGCAUCACUUCUGACCGCAACCGUUAUCAGCAUUGACCGCUUUAUUGCAGUUCACUUGCAGAAUUCGUACCGUCUUGUUGUAUCUAAGAAAAGAAGUUACGUAAUCAUCGCUGGAAUAUGGCUUUAUUCCCUGCUCACGCUGGCAUACCAGGCCGACGCUCCUUUGCCGUUCUUCUACAUCGUUGCGAUCACAAUAUCUGUGUGUUUAAUAGUGUUAUGUAUGAGCUACAGAAAAUGUUUCACGGCCAUACGAAAUCAUAAGCAAAGAAUCGCGGACAUGAGUAAUGCUGCAACGGAAGCUGUGGAUUUAGACAAGUACCGUCAUGCAAUGAUCACGAUGGUUAUAUCAGCUACGGUUCUAUUUGGUGUAUACUUCCAGCUUCUAUGCGCACUGUCUCUUUAUCGACGUAUACGUUUCGGGGCGGAAAUACUUCGAUUAUCUGAGACAAUAGUGUAUUUUAACUCUACCUUCAACCCGAUUUUGUAUCUUUGUAGGAUAAGAGAUAUCCGUGUCGGCUGCGUGAGAAUAAUCAGAAAUCUGCGAUGCAAUGCAGUUGUAGACUCCAAUUCCCAAAAACUCAAUGCAGUUAAUCCUGCCGGCCAUUAAGGUGCUACGGCAAGCAAGGCAAGAGGUUCAAGCGCAACCUAAAAUAUGUGAAGAAUACGCACCGCAUGAUGGAAGUUGAGUUGAGCUGAGUUGCGUACCGCGUUUCGUAAGUGAUGUAUACGCAUUGCACCUCGUGACGGAAGUUGAGAGUGUGAACCGCGUGACGGAAGUGAAGAAUACGUAACACGUGACGGGAGUGGAGAUCCAAUUCAACAUGACACAUGUAAAGAAUACGAUUUACGUGACGGGAUUGAAGAGUGCACAAUGCGUGACAGAAGUCGUGAAGCUAGAUAAAACGAAACGCGAAAUGUGACGGAAGUGAGGAUUACGCGCCACGGGACGGAAGUAAAAAGCUCGUACAGCGCAACGGAAGUGACGGUCACGCAAAAUUUGAGGGAGGUGCCGAUGGCAUGUGUGACGCACAACUAACAGAAGUAAAAGCUGUGCACGACGCAAAGGAAGUGAGAAAUAUGUUUAGAGCGAUGGUUGUGAAGGUCAUUUACAACGUGAUGGACGCGUACAGACUUAUUCACUCCCAAUCUCCUGUUCUUUUUUUGACCACGCCACAGGAAACCCGAAAUAUUAAUAAAGCCCAUUUUCCAAGAAAA